AAGGAGAGUGAGAAAAUGGAGGCCUACUGGAUGACGACGCAGCGCCUCCUCCAGCACGGGAUCGAUCCAAUCGUGAAGCGUCCAAAGCUCACGGAGGCGCUGCUAAAGCGCCCGCCAUUUCGAUUCCUCCACGACAUCGUCUCUGAGGUUACGCGACGCACCGGGUUUGCAGAGGGACUCUUCGCAGCCGACGAGCUUGCUCCAUUGGAGCUUAAGGACAAGGACGCUAAGUUGCGUUAUCUCACGAAGAUCAUCAACUGCGUUGGCCUUACGCUAAAUGCGAACGUUCCAGUGCGUCCAGCCAAGAUUCUGGCUGGGCUGGAACCCGAGCAAACCAACGUCUUCUUGCAGAUGCUGGCUCAAGCAGCCACUACAGACAGCCAAAAAGCUGCAAAAGCUGUCUACCGCUGUUUAGCUGGAGACUUUAUGCCUUCAUCCGAUCAUAGUGGACUCAUAUCUCGUGAAAGCGCCUCCUCGAGUCAGUCUGUAUCAUCCGAGAAGCUAAGGAGGUCCAUCUACAGUCCUUCUCCCGACGCGGCAGAGCUUUCCAACAAGACGAGGACCCAAGAAGUGGCCACACCACCACAGCCUGUGGAUGCCACCAAGGUACAAGUUAUCUAUUCGCCUGGGGCUGUGAACGAGCAAGAAGAGGAUGCUGUAGCGGAGAGCAUGGCUUCCACAGAGUUGGAUCUCAGCCACCAAGCUCCGAUACAAACUGAGGAUCACGGACUUGGGCAAAUUCCAGGUAGAACCAGCGGGGCUCAAACAUGGAUGAUAAAGAUGAUAAUAUAAGAACAGCGUCCAGGAUGAGGAAUUGUCUGAAGUGUAUACGGAGCCAAGUGGAACCAAGGUCGAGACGGACAGCAAACGCGACGAGUUGCAAAAGUUACGAGAAAGCAUUCAAGCUCUGUGCCAAGCUAUAAGUCCUCUCGGAAAGUUUAUAGACUAUCUACAGGAAGAUGCGGAAGCUAUGGCCAAGGAGUACCAGUUCUGGAUUAAAGAACAACAAAAGCAUGGUGCGGAUCUCGAAAGGGAGAGAUUGCGCACGGAUGAAGUUAUUCAAGCCGAGUCUAGGAAGAUACUCGAUCUGGAGGAGCAGAUCAAACGCCAAGAACAGCUCAACAAUAUAGCGAAAGCUGAGAUACUCAAAAACGACGAAACCGCCAUGGCGUUACUCCAAGCAGCUUCAACAGCCAGGAGGUUAACCAGAGAGACGUGACAAAGUUGUUUUGUUAUAGUGACCCCAUUCUUCUUUUUGUUUUUUGAGUUGACUACUGUUCUAGGCUACUACACAGUGGAAAAUGAUCCGAAAAGGCUACGUCUCCGUGAGCGAUGGCCAGAUUCACUAUCGCCGCGCCGAUCCGGAAGGGAAUUCUCUGGGAAGUUUUCUUCUUCUCCACCAGCAUCCAAGCUCGUCAAAGAUGUGGGAGCCCGUCAUGCCAUUGCUGGCAAGUCGAGGAUACCAAGCAGUGGCGAUAGACAUACCAGGCUAUGGCGAGUCCUUCCACUGCGAAGUCAGCCUCGAGACCAUCACGAGGUACGUCUUUGAAGCGAUUCCCUUGCUAACUCUCUCGGAGCCAAGCAUUGUCGUGGGUCAUCACAUUGGAGCAGCCAUAGCGAUGCAGCUUGCGGUGGAUUUCCCGGAGAGUGUGAAGAAGCUGGCACUGUGGGGGGUCCCGAUUCUAGACGAGAGCGUGAAGAAGUUGGUGCCGGAAGCUCCAGACUUCGAGGACGAGGAUCUCAAAGCCGUGAUAAAGUUCUGGAAGAUCAGGAACAAGGUGCCGGGAAAGCCAAGCUACAAAAUGCCGCCGCACGCUCGAGCUUCGAGGCUGCUGGAGAUGCUCCAGAGCAAUCCCAGGGCGCGGGAGCUCCCUCUUCUUCUCAAAGUCGAGAGCUUGGUGGACAGAAUCACGCAGCCGACACUUUGCAUGUGUGGCGACCACGAGCUUCUCAAAGAUGCUACCAUCAAAACAUCCAAAGAGCUUCGCAAUGGAGAGCUUUGCUUCAUCCAGGACGGUGGAAUCGACGUCCAGAUCGAGCUCCCGGAAGAAUUCGCGAGCGCUCUCGUCGGGUUUGCGUGAAAGCUCUCGCUUUUCUUCUUUAUGAAUGAAAGAAUCGUCUCUAUGUA